AUGAGUUUCAAGCGGCAAACCGAACAAAAUUCACAAGAUAACGCAUCUGAACAAGUACGACCUCGAACGAAUAAUGCAGCAGCAGCAGAAGAAGAAGAAGCCCGAUUAUCACGAGAGCAUGAAUCUGACGAACAAUAUUGGCAUCAAUUAGAAAGUCUCGCUUUCGGACAAGGCUUUUCCGAUAAUGAAUUCGAGGUCAAAUGUCAAGACUAUGAUGAAACCGAAUCAGAUCUACAGAAACAAAUCGAAGAUCUUGAGCGAUAUGAACAAUCGGAAGUCGAUCGAUUAUGUGAAGAUUAUAUUGAACAACUGAGUCAAAUUAAAUUAAUUAAUGCUAAAGAGAGCGAAAAAGAGAAAGCUGCUGAACAACAGAAUAACGAAGAUAUAUUUGACACAUGUCAAAUUAAUCCUCAAACAAGAAGAUGUGAGCCAAUCAGUGCACAGAUCCUUUAUGAAAAUGCUACUAUUAAUCUCUUUACUAUGAUCAACGAUUAUAAAGCUGUCGAAUUAAUUGUUCGAUCCAUGGACGAUUAUUCGUACGAUAAUAAUAAUGGAGAUAUUAUUCUUGAUGAUGAUGAUGAUGAUGAUGAAGAGGAAGAGGAGAAAAAUAAGAUGGAUGAGCCGAAUAGUGAUAAAGAUAACGAUAACGAUAAGGAUAAGAAGAGAUAUGUUCGUCCUCAACAUAACGAUAGCAGUCCACAAAUGAAGCAAAUUCAUAUUAACAAAAUUAAAUAUUUCGAACCUGAUCCAUCGAGAAGAGCAGAACAUCCUACAUUCGUUGUUAACCGUUGUUAUAUAUCUUGGCUUCGAUCUCAGUUAGAAAUGCGUCAUUGGCAUCUUUUAAAAAUUGACUCUCGAAAUGAGAACUAUCUUAGUAAUAAUGAGAGCCAUUUGUCACAUUCUCUUUUUCAUCAUCGUUUCUAUUUGUGUCGCACAAAGGAAGUGUUUGAUAAAGUUUCUCAACAUCUACAAGAUGCAUAUACUUAUCGAUUGAUUGAUGAUCUUGAUGACAAAGUAGUACAUGGAAAGAAAACGUCUACAGUACGCACUCUUCUUCAUCGAAUCCAUCGAGAAUUAAAAGAAAAAAUGGACAAUUUAUUACAAACGAAUGCUAUUCAAUAUGAACAUUAUGAACAAAUGCAAAUGGAUUUAUCAAAAAUACAUUUAGAUUUUCUUACUUUUCAACCUGAUGUCGAACAAAUUGAUGUACCCUUUCGUCCUCAAAUAACACAUUAUUCAGGACCCAUGUUUGCAUUAUCCUCCUAUAUUGCUCAUCUUCUUCAACCUAUCUAUGAUCGAGCGAUACAACCGAUAACAAUGACAACUGGCAUUGAUGCUAUUCAUGCAUUAGAAUCGUAUGUUCGACACGGCUUACUUAAAACCAGUACUUAUUUUGUUACAUUUCGUAUUGAUAAUGUCGAUAUCCUCUUUUCGCACGAUCACACAAUUCAAUGUUUGACAAAGUUUCUCGAAGAACACGUGCCAGACAAACAUGUCGCAUUACUAUCGAUCGAUACGAUCCUUGAAUUGGUGCGAUUCUAUCUUGAUCAUCAAUAUUUUAUCUAUCAACGUAAGAUCUAUCGACAAAUCAAGGGCACCAAUAGUUAUGAUUCAUUAUUAAAUCGUCUCUUCAUUGGCAUCAAUAUGUUUUAUCAUCGACGAAAUCUAAUGGCACAAGCGAACGAAAACAAUGAAAUUUUUGGAUGCAAUUUUGAUCAAGCAUUUCUCACUUGGAAUCAUUCUCCAUUGAAACUCUUCCAUUUAUUUCAAUCCAUGGCAGCCGAACAAACGCCGCCGAUGACAAUACACUUUCUCAUCGAUCGUCAGGUCGAUUAUUUUGAAGCUCAACUUAUGAAUUUCAACGGUCAGCUCAUUACCAAAGUCAAUCGUACAGCACUCGAUUAUCCAUUUUCUUUCAUACCCAAAGUGCACGAUUCGAUCGAAAGAAAACUAUACUUAGUAGAAAACUUGCUUGAUCGUGUCAUUCAAUGUUGUUCAAAUGUCGAAGACUUUCAACGUGAAUACAUUGAACUGGAAUUCGUAUUUGCUAGUUGUCAUCUUUGUUUAUCUACUCUACUCAAACAUCUAUCCGAUCGUCUGCCGUACCCAUGUUUGUUGAAAAGCAGCAACGUGGGCAAUACUUUGUUGUCCAAUUCGGCAUACAAAGAAUUACGCCAAUCAAUUCAAGAAACGAAGAACGCGAACACAAAUAAACACAAGGAGGAGGAGGAGGAGGAGGAGAAGAAGAAGAAGAAGGAGGAGGAGGAACAAGAGGAACUAUUGACAACAAGUCGUCAACCAUUCUACUUGUAUUGUCCAUUGGACGGUGAACGAUUCAAUUUAUUCGAAGAAAAUGUUCAAUCUUUAUGGAAACAAUGGUCGAAACAAAUUGGAUCAUCCCAAUCUUUCGAUAUUAAACUUCUUCAUCGACGUACUUAUCCUCGUUAUACUGUGUAA